AGUGUAUUCCACAUGUGCGAUCUUUCGAUUGCGAUGUCUUGAUCGGGAGCUUUUGGAGGUGCUACACGGGGUGGUCUCGGCCACAAGCGUAGUGUCUCCGGACAGAGAAGACUGCGAUUCUUCAACCAAUGGGCUGAAAGUAGGAAGGGUCUAGGCCAGUAUCAUCAUUUCGAAUAAUAUCGGCAUUAUCAGGGUGACUUUAGCAGCAUAGGCCUAUCGCAGGAACUUUGGAUGUAGUUGAACCUGUUUCGUCAAGGCCGGACCCGUUAUCCACACUUUGAAAGGGCUCCUGAAGCUUGAAAGCUCCCCGCAUUGUUGGUGUUCCAUACCUAUCCAAGAGAAUAAUUCAUCCGGAUGGGGCAGGCCAUGUCGCGCAGUGUAGUUGCAGGCUUGCGGGCAGGGGGAGUGUAGGCAUGGAAGUACAUGGACAUUGGGGGUUUCGGGGGCAAUAACCCAGCUCCCAAAGGAUACGACUGGAGUACGUCCAAGACUGCGCAACGAUACCGUCGUAUGCGCGAUGCACUCGGACAUGUUAAUCGAACGAUCUUGUACUCGCUUUGUGAAUGGGGCGAUGCAGAUGUCAAUGAGUGGGGAUUGCAGACAGGAAACUCGUGGAGGAUGUCCGGUGAUAUUCAGCCAAACUGGGUGCGGAUUUCUACCAUCGCCAACGAAAACAGCUUUUACAUGAACUAUGUUGAUUUCUGGGCCCAUCCAGACCCCGACAUGCUCGAGGUCGGAAAUGGGAAUCUUACCUUGGCUGAGAAUAGAGCCCAUUUUGCUCUAUGGGCUAUAAUGAAAUCGCCUCUUAUUAUUGGAACUGCACUCGAUUCUAUCAGCGAUGAUCAUCUGUCUAUUUUGUCUAAUCAUGCGCUUCUGGAUUUUCAUCAGGAUCCUGUCAUCGGUCGCCCGGCGUAUCCUUAUAAAUGGGGUUAUAAUCCUGAUUGGACCUUCGAUCCGGCCCAUCCUGCGGAAUACUGGUCUGGGCCGUCGUCUAAACUAGGCGGGACGCUUGUCUUGAUGUUCAACUCGGAAGAUGUUAACGCAACUCGGACCGCGGUGUGGAGUGAGAUUCCGGAGCUGAAGGGAGAGAAAAAGGGCAAGAGGGGAGAUGAUGGGUUCAAGGUUAUAGAUGCAUGGACAGGAAAGGAUCUGGGUUGCGUGAAGAAGGAGUAUAGUGUGCAGCUCGAGAGUCAUGAUGUGGCUGUUUUGAUCGUAAAGGAGGUCUGCUAGACAGUAUCUCUCCGUUACUUCUACUCCAUACUGUGAACUCUCGCCUCUGAGUACAAUUUCGAC